UCAAACCUCCAAACUUGUUUAAAGGUUGAAGCUUCCCUUCAAGUUCAAGGCUCUUAAAAACUGAAACUAAUCUCUUUAACGUAUAUGGAAGGUCCAAAGGAACAAUUACAACCUCCAGCUUAUGGAGAGUUGAUCACCAUCCUCAGCAUUGACGGUGGUGGAAUAAGAGGAAUCAUACCCGGAACCAUUCUUGCUUUCUUAGAAUCUGCGCUCCAGAAGCUGGAUGGUGAGGAAGCAAGACUCGCAGACUAUUUUGAUGUGAUUGCAGGGACUAGCACGGGCGGCCUGGUCACCGCCAUGCUAACUAGUCCAAAUGAAAAGAAUCGACCUCUGUUUGCUGCCAAAGAUAUAAAAGACUUUUACCUACAGAACUCCCCUAAAAUCUUCCCUCAACCAGGAUCUCAAUUAUUCCCUCAAACAACGAAAGCUAUCAAAGCUCUAUCGGGACCAAAAUAUGAUGGGAAGUUCCUGCAUAGCCUUGUUAAACAGAAACUAGGAGACACAAGAUUGCACCAGACGUUAACCAAUGUUGUUAUCCCAACAUUUGACAUCAAUCAUCUUCAGCCAAUCAUCUUCUCAAGCUAUCGGGUGAAGGAAAAACCUACUUUAGAUGCCUUACUCUCAGACAUAUGCAUUGGAACCUCAGCUGCACCAACCUAUCUCCCAGCCCAUUACUUCAAAACCCAAGACAACAAAGGAAACGUGAAAGAUUUUAACCUUAUAGAUGGCGGCGUAGCUGCAAAUAACCCGACUUUAGUUGCUAUGGGGGAAGUGAGCAAGGCGAUCAUUAACGGAAACUCUGAUUUCUUCCCAAUUAAACCCAUAGAUUAUGGAAGAUUUCUGGUUAUCUCCUUGGGGACUGGCUCUCCAAAAGCCGAAGAGAAAUACAAUGCAGCAGAGGCAGCUAAGUGGGGUGUGCUAGGUUGGUUAACCAGCGAGGGUUCCACACCUUUAGUUGAUGUAUUCACUCAAGCAAGCGGAGACAUGGUUGACUUCCAUCUUUCUGUAGUAUUUAAAGCUCUUCACUCUGAUAAAUACCUACGUAUUCAGGAUGAUGGAUUAAGUGGGGAUGUAUCCUCCGUUGAUAUAGCAACGAAGAAGAAUUUGGAUGAACUUGUGAAAGUUGGUGAGGGACUGUUAAAAAAACGAGUUUCUAGAGUUAACUUGGAAACCGGCAUGUUUCAACCCUUUGCUCAAGAAACCAAUGAAGAAGCUCUUAAAAGGUAGAAACUAUAACAUGUGUUUUAGCUAAAAUUUCAAUGGAU